UUCCCAUCGAUGCCACGCAGGGGCUGAAGAUGCUCUAUGUGUUCGUGGACAUUAAGAUCGACACGUCCCAUUUCCUCGAGACCAUUCGCUUCAACUUCGCAGCAGGCACCUCCCUGGCCCUCGUCAGCACCAUCCAGUUUGUCUCCACAGUGCAGGCAGCAUCACAGGAGCUGCGCUCCCAGUACAAGGUGUGUGUGCCCCAGUGCAAGCCAUUGUCCCCAGGGGAGAUCCUGGGCUGCACGUCGCCUCGGCUCGCCCAGGACACAGAUGCCAUUGUGUAUUUGGGCGACGGGCGCUUCCACCUGGAAUCCAUCAUGAUCGCCAACCCGGGGAUACCUGCCUACAGGUACGAUCCCUACAGCAAGGUCUUCUCCCAGGAACACUACAGCCACGAGCGCAUGCGCCGCGCUCGGCAAGACGCCAUCUGCGCCGCUGCCGGUGCCCGCUGCUGGGGCCUCAUCCUGGGCACGUUGGGUCGCCAGGGAUCCCUCGGCAUCCUGCAG